AUGUGGGAGCAAAGAGCAGAUGGUAUGAAAAAAUUGAAACCAAAUGCAGUUCCUACUAUUUUCGGUUUUUUUCUCAAAAAGAAAAUAUCAACAGAAAGUGUAAACGAUGAAAUAUUGACAAAAGUUAACAAUAUAAUAAUGAAUAUUCCUCAAUCUUUAUCUAUAACAGAUAGAAGAGAAAAUCAAGAAGAUCAAAAACAGUGUGAAAAUCUUGCAACAGUUUAUAAUGAAAAGCAAGAAGUGGAAUGUGAAAUAAUUACGAAUACUCGUGAUGAUGAGUCUUUACCUAUAACUUAUUCAGGAAAAAAUAAAGACGAUGAAAUACAAUGUGAACAUAAACACUUGGCAAAAGAUUUUAAAAAACAUCUACGAAUGAUAAACAUGAGAAGACAAAUAAAAGUGAUGAGAAAAAGAAUACAAUCAUUGGAAACUAAGAUGAAUACUGAUAAAUAUAAAACAGCUCUAAAAUCAGUUUUCACUGAAGAUCAGAUCCAAUAUUUGCAUACAAAGAAGCGUUUUAAAUAUUGGUCCAAUAAAACAAUUCAUCGUGCACUGAGACUAAAAUUUCUUUGUGGAAAUAAUGGCUAUAAAGCACUCAUUAAUCAAGGAUAUCCAUUUCCAAGUUUGCGGACAUUAAGACGAAAACUAGAGGAUAUUAAAUUUGAGCGUGGAAUUUCAAAUACAUUAUUUGAAUUUUUACAAAAUAAGAAAACUUGUUUUGAAAACGAAGCGGAUUUGGAAUGCGGUUUAGUAUUCGAUGAGAUGGCGAGUAUACAAAAAAUUCGUUACGAUUCUUCAACGGGGUCAUUAAGUGGAAACAUAACAGUUCCUAACGAAAAAGAUAAUUACUAAAGCGGAACAAAUAGGCUUCCAUGUAAAUUUUCUUACAUCAGAUAUGGGUCCUGGUAAUGUGGGAUUGUGGAAGUUGCUGGGUAUAAGUACGGAAAGAUAUACUAAAAUAAGUAAUUAUGUCACACAUCCAUGCGAUAGAAACCGAUGUUUAUAUGUUAUCGCAGAUCCACCACAUAUUUUAAAAAACUUAAAA